GUGAAUACAAUACAGUGAAAAUGUGACAGUUGAAACUGCAUUCAAAAGACCGAAAUAACACUCGGGUAAAGCGGUCGUUGUCUAUGUGGUGUUAUAUUUUGGUAGAACGUCGGCGGAAGUGACCCUGUUUGUAUAUUCAGUUUGCAAUGUUGCUGCUCGUCACACGGGACUUUUUCUCAAAGUUAGUCGCCACAACUAACCGAAAAUGAGUAGUGGUUCAAAUCAGAGGACUUUGUUUCAGUCUUGGGGUGGGUCCGUUUCUCAAAGCAACGUUGUUCAACCGAAAAAAGAUGUCAAGAAAGCCGCUGGACGGCGCAGAACAACCCCAAGCAACACAACACAGGUAGCUAAAAAACACCAACCUCGAAAUCCUCUCUGGACUGAAAUAGGCCAGGAGCCCACGUACACAUCAGAGAACCCAGUGAGGACAGAGGAACCUAAACCUGUGUAUGAAGAUGAAUAUGACGACGAUGAUCUGAUGGUGGUCGCUGUUUAUGAAGCUGAAAAGAGCCUGCAACUUGAUAAUGUAAACUCAUGUCAAUAUGACAACCCUGUGGGGACAGAGAGCACUGCCCUCUCCCCCAUCCCGUCAGCUGGGCAGACAUAUCCAGACUUCCCUGGCUUUGACAGCUCCUCGGCUAAGGUAUGGAUUUACCCCACCAAUUACCCCAUCAGGGAGUACCAGCUGAAGAUAUCAGAGGCUGCCCUGUUUCAGAACACACUGGUGUGUCUUCCCACUGGUCUGGGAAAGACCUUUAUAGCCUCUGUGGUUAUGUACAACUUCUACCGCUGGUAUCCAUCAGGGAAGAUUGUAUUCAUGGCUCCAACCAAACCGCUGGUGGCCCAACAGAUUGAGGCCUGUUAUAAAGUGAUGGGGAUCCCACAGGCGCACAUGGCAGAGCUGACAGGGAGCACAGCAGCAAAGCAGAGACAGGAGGUGUGGAGGAGCAAGCGGGUCUUCUUCCUCACGCCUCAGGUCAUGGUGAACGAUCUGUCCAGAGAGACCUGCCCGGCUCAGCAGAUCAAGUGUGUGGUGAUCGAUGAAGCCCACAAGGCACUGGGCAACCAUGCUUACUGUCAGGUGAUCAGACAGCUCGGCAGCCAGACUCUCCAGUUCCGCAUCCUGGCCCUUAGUGCAACUCCAGGGGGAGAUACAAAGUCAGUGCAGUCAGUGAUCUCGAAUUUGCUCAUCUCGCACAUUGAGCUGCGUUCAGACGAGAGCCCAGACAUCCAGGCCCAUUCCCACCAGCGUAGUGUGGACAAAAUGGUGGUCCCUCUGGGUGAGGCCCUGUCUGCUCACCAGACCCGCUACCUGCAGGUGCUGGAGAAAUUCAUGUCUCGUCUGGUCCAGAACCGGGUGAUGGCACACAAAGACCUGCGGACUCUCGGCAAAUACCAGCUCAUCCUCGCCAGGGACCAGUUCCGCAAGAACCCACCACCAAACAUCAAGGGUCCGCAGCAGGGAAUGCUGGAGGGCGACUUCGCCCUUUGUAUCAGCCUGUACCAUGGCUACGAGCUGCUGAUGCAGAUGGGGCUCCGAUCGCUAUUCUUUUACAUCCAGGGAAUCAUGGACGGAUCCAGAGAGAUGUCCAGGGCCAGGAAUGAGCUGCAGAGGACUCCCACCUUUAUAGACCUUUACCAUGAGCUUGAAGCAAUGUUUGUGAAGCCAUCAGCGGGUCAAGAUGAGCCGUUCAUUUACAGUCACCCCAAACUGGAGAAACUGGAGGAAGUGGUGGUGCAGCAUUUCAGACUGUGGGCUCAGAGCUCAGGAGACAAUAAUGGUCCUCAAGAAGUAAGCACGCGUGUGAUGAUCUUUUCAUCGUUCCGUGAGAGCGUACAGGAGAUUGCAGCAAUGUUGAACCGCCAUGCUCCUCUGAUAAGGGUCAUGACCUUUAUGGGCCAGGCCUCAGCAGGGAAGGGAGUCAAAGGCUUCACCCAAAAGGAGCAACUGGAGGUGGUGCACAGGUUCCGUCAGGGAGGCUUCAACACGCUGGUGUCGACCUGUGUGGGGGAGGAGGGGCUGGAUAUCGGAGAGGUGGACCUCAUUGUUUGCUUCGAUGCCCAGAAGAACCCCAUCCGCCUGGUGCAGCGAAUGGGACGUACUGGACGUAAGCGGCAGGGACGCAUUGUUGUCAUCCUGGCUGAGGGACGCGAGGAGAAGACGUACAACCAGAGCCAGAGCAACAAGCGCAGUGUGCACAAGUCUAUUAUCGGCAACAGGAACGGGUUCCACAUGUAUCCUAACAGUCCUCGCAUGCUGCCCGAGGGGGUGAACCCCACCCUGCAUAAGAUGCAUAUUACCUGUGGCCAGUUUGACCACCAGGAGAGCAGCAGGCGGUCUGUCAGGGGUCGACGAUCCCACUCUGAGGGACGGGCCUCACUCAUCCACCCUCAAAACCUGAUUCGGCAGGGCGGUGCAACGACAGAUGGGUUUCUGAGCAGCACUGAAUAUUCCCUCUGGGCGUCCACCAUGAGGCUGGAGGAGGAUGAAGCUCAUCCAACCCUGAAACAGUCACACUUCAUGUCCCUACCCAGUGAUCUACCACCUCAGGAGGAAUUUUCUAAAAGCGGACCACCAUCCAGAGAGCUGUCUUUGUGGGAAUGGAGACACUGGCAGCAUAAAGCACUUCCUACCCAUGUUGUUAAUCAUUCCCUCCGCUGCCACCACUACAUUAAGGUGAUGGAGCUCAUAGAUGGCAUGAGAGAGGAAAAUGAGGGGGAAUGUCGUUACGAACAGGAGCUUCUUCCCUACCUCCACAAAGAGGUUGGCCAUGUGAAGAACAGACAGAAGAAACAGAAGAGCACCAAGACCUGCACUAAAACUACCAACAACAAACCCAAACCACGUCGCUCAGUGUUGUCUGAUCUGGAAUGCAUUGACGAGGAAGCAGAGGGGGAAAUUACACACAUUUCCGCGACCAAACAAAGACUUCCUUGUGAUAACAUCACAGAGCACCCAGGACCUGAGGCAAUCUGUCCUCGUCCCUCAAUCAAUGACUGUCCAGAAGCUGAUAUGGAUGAUGACUGUGUCUUCAUUAUCGAGAAUGUCAUCAAAUCAGAGCACACGGUUGGCGAGCCUGUAAAUAUAGACAAACUAUCACAGUUGAUUACCAAGACUGAUGAAGAUAUUGAACUUCAGGCCAUGUUCUACCUUCCUAAAUGGGAUUCAGCGCCUCCCCCCUCGUCUGCUAAACUGCGCCCAGGAAGAGACGAGAGUCUGAAGGUCAUCCUGGCCAACGUGGCGGAGCUCCUGUCCCGAUCUCCGCCGUCACCGACUGAAGAUUUAGAGGCCGACAUGGAUGCUCCAUCACUUCCUCCCUCUCCUCUGCGGCCUCAUCAGCCAUUCCAGGUCAGCUUUACACUGAAUGUGGACGACGACGACGAAGUGAUGAUAAGCGAUGACGACAAUGCCUCCCUCAGGGUGGACUCAGACGAGCCUCCAGUCGGUAAAGAGGACAGUAAAGUCUGUCAGGAGCAGCAGCAGAGUGUCAGAAGGGGCUGCGUAGGAGAAGAGAGUCCGACCUGGGAUGAGGUUUUUGGGGAAGAAGAAGUGGACGAUUGUCAUGAUAUAAAAGAUAACAGCAAGGAGACAAAUGAUGAGAUUUUCAAGGAGGGAUUGGUUGGUGAGGAAGCUGAAACGUAUGAAGAAAUGAGAAUGAAUAAGAGCAUGACAGUGGAAAAAGAGAGUUGUUGGGAUAACGUGAGAAAUGAGGGAAUGCUAGAUUUGACAGAUGGUGUGAAAGAUGACAGAGACCUUCAGAUGGACGACAGCAUGGAUCUGUUCGGGGAUGACGAAGCCUUCCUGCAGGUGACCAUCCCGGAAAUCUACACUCCUGGUGUCACACCCAGGACAUCCCCUCGUGCUGGAGACAUUACUAAUGGCACAAAAAUCAUGUCCAACACUUUACACGCACACACCCCAAAAACCCCACGUAGCACUACACACACAGCUGAAAGCGCACAUGGAUUAAACACAGACAGUUUAACACACACAAAGCACAUAACCCGCACUCCUCAUGCCAAGCUGAUAACUCAGGACACAAACACCCAAAGCACUGAGGUAAAACAUUGUACACACACAGCAGCAACAAUGAAACAUGUAACAGAUAAUUCAGUGACGGAUGAGGCAAUUCCAGCUCUAUGUAAAUCUCCCACAGUGCAACAAAAUUCUGAGUUACAUGACAGCUCCCAUGACUACUUCUCUGUCAACUUUGACCUCGGCUAUUCGCUGGAGGACUCUGAGGAAGAGGAGGUAGAGGAUGUACCUGCCCCAUGUACAUACUCUCCACAGCCUAAAAAGCUGGCGGUCUCCAACUCUUCCACUCCCUAUAACAGCUUCCAUAGACCGAGAAUGCCUCUACAGUCGAGUGAAUGCAAGUUAUCGACACCACAAAUGCUGUCAGAGCACAGCAGGAGACAAACGUCCUCUCUUCUGGCUUCGCCUUUAAUGUGUGAAGGUGGUGCACUCCCAUCUCCAAUCACAUCACCAGGAGCUCGGCGGAAGCUUUUGCCUGGCUACACUGGGCCUCGCACCCCGUCUUUACUAUCCUCUACAAUGGAGGGUCACGCCGCCAAGGUAGAGCGAGCAUUACGUUUGGACAACAGCUCCCAUAAGGGAUCUAUUUGUGUGGCUGACUCGCCUCCGCAUGCAGUGGAAUUCAACAGUGACAGUGAGGAGGAAGUUGUGGGCCGUAAAAGACAUCAGAACAAGAUCAACCCAUUGUCGUCCCCAGAAGUGUCAAAGAUCUCCAGUGAUGUGGACUCCCCAGUGGUUGUGAACAGGAAACGUGUGGCUGCACUUAAUACAUCUGAUGAAAUAGAGGGCGAAGCUGUUUCUGAUGAUGACUUCCAGAAUGAGUCUGCCUUCACACGCAGAACCACAGCAACUGGAGGGCAACGAGUCCAACAGGGCAAAGCCAAGCACACCGUAUGUCGAAAAGGGCGUCAGUUCCUUGACGAAGAAGCCGAGCUGUCGGAUGGGGAGGAGGGGGAAGACGUGUCAUCUGAUGAAGAAGAUGGAGAAGAACAGAAUAAUUCUCUUGAAGGCUUUGUCGUCGACAACACACACCUCUCACAGGGACUGAACGAAUCGGAGAUGCACGGUGUUUACCUGAAGUCAGUGAGAAGCCCUGCAGUCCAGGGCAAGUUCAAAAUGUCCUACAGAAAUCAUCACAACAUGGACAUAUUUUCCCAGGUGCCUGAGAUGGAUGAAACGUAUGCAGAAGACAGUUUUGUGGUGGGAAGUGAGAUGGAGGAGGUACAGAGCAGCGAGGAAGAAGAUGAAGACAUUGAACUUAUGCCUGAGGACUCGUAUGUGGACGGGAAGAGGCAGUAUGCCACCAGACGGCGUGUUUUCCUGCAUAAAGUCAGAGCAAGAGCCGGAGCUGGCGUUAAGACUACAGCUGAAGCCCCACCAGAGCACAGAGCUGGGGUGAAGACCAAGCGCACCCGUGUCAUAUGCAUUAAUGAUUCUAGUGAAGAGGAGGAGGAAGUUAGUAAGAAGAGAAGUCUCAUAGGAGGGAGUGUUGCUGUCUCCCUGUGGCCAAAGGCGGUACAGCCGGAGCCCAGCAGGCCUCAGCUGCAGCAGAAACCCUCCUCCUCCUCCGCCUCGUCUUCAACCCUAGCAUCCAAGAUCUCACUGCUGAGCAAGGCGCAGAGAUGCUCAGUGACUGAGGAACAGCAAAAUGAGAGGUGUCGCCAGAGGUUAGAAAAUCAGCAUUUGCUCUCUGAUGAACUGGACUUUGUAGAGUCAGAGUUAUCCUCCAAGAAACAACCUCAGACUCUCCCUGCCACCUCCUCUGUGCCUCAAAUGUCCACUACAAAGGAUUCAUCAGUCAGCAAGUCCUCUGCUCCGUCCGGACCCGUUUGUAUUCUGGCGGACAGUCGCUGCAUCAGUAGCGGAGUGGAGCUGAUGACCACCCUGCGUCAGCGCCACGCCGCCACUGUCCACGUCUGCUCGUUGGACGGCAGCUACUUCAUCGUCAGCAACCGGAUGGCAGUGGAGAGGCACAGCCAAUCAGAUCUGGCUGCCAUGCAGAACAGGAAGAGAUUGGCUGAGAGAGUGAACAGCUUGCAGGGACUGUUUGAGCGCGUGUGUCUGAUAGUGGAGAAGGACAGAACGAAGCCAGGUGAGGUGUCACGUCCCUUUCAGCGAACACGUUACUACGACAGCACUGUGACAGCGCUGGUACGGACCGGGGUGCGCCUGCUGUGGAGCGAUGGUGCUGAAGAGAGUGCUGGCCUGUUGGCAGACCUGGCACGGCUAGAGCAGCGUAAAGGUCAGGGUAUCGCUGUACCGCUGGAAGUCAAAGGGCAGCACAGCCAGCAGGCCCUGCAGCUGUUCCUGAGUCUGCCCUCAGUCAACUACAUCCAUGCCCUCAGCAUGAGCCAUAACUUCAGGUCAAUUGCCCAACUCAUAAACAGCUCCAUUGAAGCCAUACAGAAGGCAGGCUGUAUGAGUCAGCCCAGAGCUGAGGAGAUCUACCGCUUCCUGCGCUACUCCUGUGACUCCUUCCUCAUGAACACAUCAAAAAACAGCUAGCAGCACGGGGCAGAAACAAUGCAGGAAUACCACAAUCAUUUACCAUUCAUUCCUCUACCUUUAUGUCUCCACUACUGUUAUUUCUUACUAACAUGUCUUUCCUGCCCUUAUGUUUGCUAUACUUCUUUGUUCAGUCUCUUUAGGGACUGCUAUGCUUCAUAAAGUAACACCUCUAUCUGAUCUCUCAAUGAGAGAAGAGCCUCAGGAAACCGGGUUCAACCUUCUUGCACAAUUAUUUGAAGGGGAACACCACUCAACUCACUUUGUAUGUUAUAUGAUACAAAGCAAACCAUUUGUUUUAUGCUGUAUUUUCUUUUUAUUUGGUUGAGAAGUGUUUCCCUUAAGAUCAUUUGUACUGGCUCUAAUCUGUCAGAUGGCAGAUGUUAAGGCAAUACUGUGAUCAUAAGAAUGCAAUCAAUAUUUGAUACUUGAAUAACUUAUUGUUUUUGUCAAAAUAAUGGAUACAUUUGUUUACAAUCCUGCUCUGAAAGGUAAAUAUAGUCACAUUGCUUUAAUAAACUGCUAUUUUUGUA